UGCAGACUGCUUGGCCCGUUUGCUUUAUUGGUGCAGCUCGCGCUGGGCGGCCUGGCGCUUCUAUCACUCGUUUACAAGCGGUGGCGCGAGCGGCCCCAGCGACCACUCAAGAUUUGGGCCUUUGAUGCGUCGAAACAAGUUGUCGGAAGUGUCCUGGUGCACCUCGCCAACGUCUUCAUGUCCAUGUUGGACGACGAACCAUAUGUGCCAAACCCGUGCUCAUUUUAUUUGCUGAAUUUGGCUAUCGAUACUACUCUCGGAAUACCGAUAUUGAUCAUUCUACUCCGCGUAUUCACAGCACUUGUAUCAUAUACCCCGCUCGGCAAACCCGCCGAGUCGAUCCAAUCCGGCCAUUAUGGCAGUCCACCCAAGGCUUGGUGGUGGGUGAAGCAGUCCAUCAUCUACUUCUGCGGUCUUUUUGGCAUGAAGAUUUGUGUCCUCGUCCUGUUCCUCUUGCUCCCCUGGAUUGCGAGAAUUGGUGACUGGGCACUGAGCUGGACGGAUGGAAACGAGAAGCUGCAGAUUGUGUUUGUCAUGAUGCUCUUCCCGCUCAUCAUGAACGCUAUGCAGUACUACAUCAUCGACAGUUUCAUCAAGAAG